UUAUUAGGUAGAAACCCUAAUAAUAUUUGCUCGAUAAAAAUAAUAAUAACGCGAGAGUUUGUAAGUUGCCUCAAGACUGUAGUUGCAACUGUCAAAGGUGGAGUGGAUACGCGCAUGACCCAACACACAUUACAGUAUUACUGUACACGGCUGCGAAGAUAAUAUCCGUAUAAAAAAACCGAAAUAAUCCUGAGGUAAGGAACCAGACACGGCACGGAAAGCGACCGAGAUUGAAGGUUUCCGUUCCUUUUCCACCGCGGGGAUCAGCGCGUGGUUAACGGCCGUGACAACUGUCUGUCUGCCUUGAAUCCCCAGUCUGACCGCACGCCACGGCAGAACGAACGGCAGGUGUGAUUGCCAUGUAACAUCGGUAAAGUCGCCUACCGCGCGAGGUGAAGCCUACUGCCUGACCCCCACGUGGGUGACCCAGGCCACCCGGCCGCUCGUGCAGGGUGACUCCCGAUAUUUAAGACAUGGAGACUCCAAGUGGCCCCAGACUAGGGAAGCUAACCACCGGGGGGUUGCCCAGGGGUCGCCCUCCUAAGCAGGCCCACGCCCAGGAGGCUGCCAGGACCACAGCAGGCCCGGAGAACAACAAACAUAGCCCUCUGUGUGGUGAGCGGGUGGAGGGGAAGAAGAAAGGGCGUCCUCGAGCAGAAGUGCAGGAGCUCAGGAGCAUCCCAUCCCACAUGAUGGUUCAGUGGAAGGAGGAGUUUAAGAGGCGUUCCAGGGUAAAGUGCCCGAGCUCAGGCUGCUGGUUAGAGUUCCCCAGCAUCUACGGCCUCAAGUACCACUACCAGCGCUGCCAGGGGGCCCCCCUAGCAGAGAAGCUGAGUCACAGCUGUCCCUACUGCGAGGCUGUGUUUGCCACCAAGGUCCGCCUGCAGAAGCACAAGCUGUGGAACCACCCAGAGAGAGUCACCACAGAAACCAAGUCAGAGUCCAAACUGCAGAAGAGUCCCAUCAAGCCCACCCCCAAGAAAAGGCCUUUGGAGAACAGCCCGCCCUCGCCAGUGUUCUUCAAAGUGAAGAAGACCCACGAAAUGUCCUCUCCCUCGCAGAACGGGGAGGUGGCCCCCCAGAGAGCGGAGAGGAAACAGCACACACACCCCUCACACACCUCGCACACCUCACACCCCUCACACAGCACACACACCUCUCAUACCUGUCACACCUCACACACCUCUCAAACCUCGCACACCUCACACUCCCAGCAGGCUGCACUGCAGUACCAGACGCAGCAGAGGCUGUCGUCUUCUGACUCCUCCCCCGUCACCCCCGGGGGCAGCGAGAGCGAGGGGGGCAGCCUGCCCCCCCCCUUCACUGACGAGGACCCUGAGAGGAUGAGACACAAGCCAGGACGGAAGCAAAAAACCCCCAAGAAGUUCACUGGAGAGCAGCCUUCCAUCUCAGGAACAUUUGGAUUAAAAGGUAUGACCAAGGUGGAGGAGAAGCUAAAGGCAGGCCGUGUGAAGAGGACAGAAGGAGGUCUUCACAGUGAGGAGGCCCAGAGGAAGCCCCCAGCCUCGGCCUCCAGAAGGAACACCGCCCCCCUCGGCUCUGGUCCUCCCCCAGAUGUCCUGUGGCACCAGGCCAUCUCAGAGCGUGGUCAGGUGGUCUGUCCCACCUGCUCCAUUGUCACCAGGAAGACAGUGCCUGGACUCAAGAAGCACAUGGAGAUCUGCCAGAAGCUCCAAGACGCCCUGAAGUGCCAACAGUGCCAGAAACAAUUCAGGUCCAAGGCCGGUCUCAACUACCACACGAUGGCUGAACACAGCACCAAGCCCUCGGGGAGUGAAGGCCAGACGGGGGACGAGCAGGAGGAGAGAGAGAGGCUGCGCAGAGUGCUCAAACAGAUGGGUCGAAUCAAGUGUCCUAGUGAGGGUUGCUCGGCCCACUUCUCCAGUCUGAUGGGCUACCAGUACCACCAGAAGCGCUGUGGCAGGGAGCUGUCUGAGGAGGACAAGCCUGUGUUCCUGUGUCAGCACUGUGGCAAGACCUACCGCUCCAAGGCAGGCAAGGACUACCAUCUCCGCAACGAACACCCUCCAACCACAGCCACCACCCCUCCCACGGCCACGCCCACCACCAAUAACAACGCCACCUCCAACAGCACGGGCAGAGACAGGGUAAGCCCAGAGGAGGCUCCGCUGGUGGGAAGAAGAGAGCCGAGCCAGACGGAGAGGAGGGAGGAAUGGCCACAGAGGCCUGCUGGGCAAGGGAAGGAGCGAGACAGGGAGGUCAGGGAGAGGGAGAGGGGAAGAGAAAGGGAAGGUGAGGGUCUGGGGGAGGACUUUGAGCGGACCCCCAGUGGCAGGGUGCGCCGGCGGUCUGCCCAGGUAGCAGUGUUCCACCUCCAGGAGAUAGCAGAGGACGAGCUGGCCAAGGACUGGGGAACCAAGCGUCGCAUCAAAGAUGACCUGGUACCAGACAGCAAGAGGCUGAACUACACACGUCCCGGCCUUCCCAACUUCAGUCCCAAGCUGCUGGAGGAUUGGAAGAAUGAGGUCAAGGAGAAAGGCUUCAUAUGCUGCACCAACGGAAGCUGUGAAGCUGUCUACUCCAGUGUGUCUGGACUGAAAGCCCACUUAGCAAACUGUAACAAGGGAGGGGGCGAUGUGGGAAAGUACACCUGUUUGAUCUGCCAGAAGGAGUUCAGCUCAGAGAGUGGUGUCAAGUAUCACAUCAGCAAGACACACUCACAGAACUGGUUCCGGGCUGCAAGUCACAUGGUCAUCACAAAUAAGGCCAAAACUCCAGAGAGCAAUGGAAUCAAUAUGGAGGUGAAGAACGGAGCCACUGCCGGCAAGAAGAGAGGCCGCAAGCCCAAAGAGCGCCCUCCUGAGGCAGCUGCCGUUCAAACAAAGACUCCCCCCAGCACCACCCAAAACUCAACAUCUACCCUCACUCAUGCCUCCACCCCAACACAGACCCCCACUCAGACCCUGGCCUCCACAGACAGGGGGAGCCCCACACUGAACAGACACCCCAACCCGCCUGCCACUAGGCGGGGUAAACCCAAGAAGGUGACCCCUUCAGAGUAGCUUGGCUCCCAGUGAGCCAGGGGCCCGGAAUCUAUCAGCAAUGCUCCAGUAAGCUCAAAGACAUUACAUACUGUAAGACACAAGGAUUGGGGACAGAGAAGGAAACUAAAACCACCCUAAACAAGCUAACCAAUAAGUUCAUGUGUUUCAUUUCACUCUGAUCUUUGCGUUUAAACUAUGUAUGGUUUCUGUGUCUACUGGCAUAUCCGGACAUUCAACAGUAUUCAUUAUUUCUCUUCAUUCCAUUGUUAAGGUGAUUUGUUUUCCUCUACUCAUGUCUGGGGUUAGUUGUAAUCAAAGUUAAAAUCCCGAUUUCUUUAUGAAUAGCAUAUUUGAAGCAAAGGUAGUAUUUCAAUUGACUUUAGCGUAAUUCUCUCUACAUGUAUGUAGGUUCAUGUUGUGUUUGAGAGGUUUUACAAGGAUAUUCUAUUAGCAUGGUGAGGUCAUUUACUGCUAGUGUUUUUUCCACAUAAAUAAUGUACUGUGUAUAUAUACAAUAUCUAUAUCUCUAUCUCUAUAUAUAAAUAUAAUCAAAGCUAUUUCCAAGACAGGAAAGUCUAACUGAAUCCUGACUCAUUUGCUAUGUGUUUUUCCUCAUUGUUAUUUUUCAUUGUGGCAGCUGGAAGUUUAAGUAGAAAACCUUUAGCAAACAGUCUGCCACUGUGCAAUAUUAUGUUGUUUUUGUUGUUAUUUGUUGGCCUUAUUUUUUCUUUGCCUUUCUGUUAACAGACAUGAAA